AUGCGCAAAUCCGGGCAAAGGGCCAUGUAUAUGAGUGCAGCCGGUCGAUAUGAUGAUUUCCUGGGCAGAAGAACGUGGAAUAGAGAUUUCAACGCCCGACUUCUAUUUGACUACGGUCGCCUUCCCACGUCGACAAUGAAAAUGAUCUCUUUUGCUACGCUUGCGGGCUUCGUGUCUGCUGCAUCAGCUGCAUUCGAUCUCAACCGAGGAGGCGGGGUGCUGAAGGCUCCUGAGGGAGAUCCAUUUAGGACCAUCGCCGGUACUUUUAUCGUCCCGAACCUUUCCGGUACGAACAGACUCUCCAUAUGGGUCGGGAUUGGCGACUCGCUACAACAAAAUUACGUGCUGGGUGGCGGCAUAACCUACAAUAGCACACUUCAGAGCUUCUCGGCAUAUUGGCCCGGUCCAGCAGCAGACACAACGACGGCAGUCCCGAUUACAAGCGGUAAUUCGAUCACCGUGACCAUCACAACGGCUGACGCCAGCGGUACCGUAACCGUGGAGAACACGACUCAGAACAAGAAAACAACGCAGUCGCUAUCUGCACCAGCUGGUGUAGACUCAGCUGAGCUCACAGCGCUUGCAGCCAACUGGUUCGUUCAGGCAUAUCAGGUAAUUCCUGGGCAGCUGGUGCAGACACCCAACUUUGGCACUGUGUCUUUCACGGCAUGCACGGCAACAACGAAGAGCGGGGUUUCAGUUCCAAUUUCCGGUGCAGGUCGAUACGAGAUUCAGGGUACUAGUGGCCAGAUGUACACCAGCACAACGAUUUCGAGCACAGGCAUCUCCGUUAAGAGGCAGGCGUAG